UUUUUUUCUUUUUUUGAAAAACGGCUUAUGUGUUUGAUUAGUGAUUUCUCCAAUGCCACCACGAGAGGUGUAUGAUGAGGACUUCAUGUUGUUUUUGGGUUUCUUCUCUUCAUUAUUUCAUAUGUACAUCUAGUUUUUUUGGUAAAAUGUUAAGCUUACCAUUUUCUGAAGAUUUAACAAUGUUGCUGUUAAACAACUCUUUUUUUUGGUAUUAAUGUUUAAUAUUUCAUACCAUUCUCUGUUAAACAACAAUUUAUAGAGAUAUAAGAAACAGACAGCAACCCAACUUAAAAGAAACAAAAAGAGAGAACCUCAAGGAGGCCUUGUACAUCUAGUUUUCUAUGCAUUUAGCAAUCAGGUAGUAUAAAACUUUGUUAAAUGUCCAUUUUCUGCUUCGGAAUUAAAAUCAUAAGUUCUUGAAAACUCUCGGAGGUUCGUUUUGGUUAUGAACACUUAAAGAAAAUUCUUUGAAAACAUGUUUUGGAAGCUUGUUGUUUAUAAUGUAAUCUCUAGCUAGACGUAUUUAAAUUCAUGUGAAAUCUUAUAUUCCGAAGCAUAAGCCUUUGAUUACUUUAUGAUAAAAAUGCUACCGUACAUUCAGUGAGUUAAACACACACGUAAGUGAUUAAAACAUACCAACUUUAACUAACAACAUUGAGUUAUUAUAAAAGACAUAUGUAAUAAGAUUUAAAAGUGAAGUCAAUUCGGACCAGGAAUGCUUAUUCCCCACUUAGCUUCAUCAAUGGAGUAGAUGACCUCAACGUGACUUAACCAGGACAAGAGCUUCCAGCGUCAUCAUCUUCACUCUCACCGAGACAAACCAAGAUCAAGAACACAAGCUUUUGAGGAAGAUUUGAAGCAAGAAACAUAUUGCUUAUUAUAUUUUCAAACUGAUGUCAACCAACAUAUAUAUACUGUAAAAUAGAUAGAUAUACGUACACAGAUUCAAAGACUUGUAUAAAUGUGUGUGAGUCAUAUAAAGAUAAGUUUUGUGUCGUUUUUUCAGAAGCAAAGCCGUAUAGUUAUAUUCCCGCAUGCUAAGUUUCAUUCUCACAGGAAAUGGGGUGUGGAAAAAAGGUAAUAAAGAGUAAAGCUUUUUAAAGUUGUGUUCGGCCUUUUGUAAAUAAUAAUGUGAUGCUUUUCAAUUUACCCUAAGUUUUCCUACACAAUGUACAGCCUUUACAACUAUUUAGUUAACAUUUUCUUGCAAGAUUCAUAGUCAAUAUUUGAUGCUUUUUCAUUUUACCCUAAGUUUUUCAACACAAUGUAAGGCUUUACAACUAUUCACCGAACUUUUUCUUGCAAGAUUCUUAGUCAAUAUUUUAUCUAUAAUUAGCUUCCUUAUAUUAUUGACUAUUGUUCAUAUCCAUCUCCACAUGCUUUUUUUUUUUUUUUUGAACACGUAUCCAUCUCCACAUGCUACGUGACUUGAUAAGGUAAACAAAAUAUGAUCAAACUUUUUUUAUUAGGAUUAGAGGCCGGACUUAAACAACAGUGAAAAUGAAUGACAUGCGAGUUAUACAAUGGAUAAGGGCAGCCUCAUCGCCAAGAAACUAUUAAAGUUUCUAAGAAAAAUAAAAAAAAGGUUUUAAAUGAUAAAAUAAAAUUUUCCUUUCUAACAAAAUUUAAGCCAACAAUUUGGUGGUAAUUGUUACAACCUGAAGGUUCCCUAGUGAGAACUUUUCUUAACAUAUCGCAUGCUUUUUUAUUAUUUUAAAUUUUCUUUCAAUAGCUGAUAUUCUCUCUUAAUCUCCCCGAUAAACUUGCUCUAGUAUUUCCUGAACUUCUAGAAAAAAGAAAUUAAUUUAAAGAUUUUUCCCCAACCUAUAAAUGAUAGAGUGGGCCAAAUGGGCCUUCGCUUUAAAAACAAGUCUUCUACAAUAUCUAAAGCAAAAUCCCCACUAUAUCUACCACUAAAUACUUUAUUUCUUAUUCAACGGUGGAUUAAUCGAAAUGCAUACGAGUAUGACAAGUACUUUCACUGUGUUGUGUGUGUGUUUCACUUUCACUUCACAUAAGUUCUUUAUGUACAGUAGACAAACAAUAUGUUGGGUCAAUUAAUUCUGUUUUAAUAGGCUACGUGGGUGAAAGCCCAAUAAUAUUAACUAAAGGCUGAGUCCUUAUAACAAAUACGCAGCGUUUUGAUUAUGAUUGUUAUUAGACCUUCGAUUUUUAGAGAGAGAGAGUAAUGUUACAGUUUCCGACGUUGAUGAGUCAGUUCCCGUCAUCGACGAAGACGAUUCCGGCGUCGCAUCUGCUGCCUAUACAGUGGCCCCAGCCUCCGAACGAAGAGAUUCUUCUGGCUAUGGAAGAAGCUGAGUUCGAAGAAAAGUGCAACGAGAUAAGAAAGAUGAGUCCUAGCUUACCCGUAGUAGGAAAACCCGUCGUUGACAACCAACAAGAAGAAGACGAUGAUGAUGAAGCAGAUGAUGACGAUGAUGCAGACAAUGGAGAGGAAUCAGAUGGUGAAGAGUUCGAGCAAGAAACCCGUUAAGUAACAACCUCCACAACAAAUGGAGUAAAAAAGAAGUUUAAUGAUGGCAUUAGCUUUUGAUUUGGUGGAUACAUUUUUCUAAAUCUUAUGGUGCCAAAACAACUGUGAUUCUGUCUUUGGAAGGUGGGAACAAGUUGAAACGGUUUGGCCUCAGAGUUUUAGUCAUGGAUUAUUAAUUGUCUUGGUUUCAUGAUGGUUAUUUUUUACCUUGAAAAUGUUAAAGUUGACUGGUAUUAAUGCUGUGGAAAAACUAGUUUGCCCAAAAAUCUAUUCUAUUAAAACA